AGCGUCCACUGGCUGCCGAGCGGCCGCAGUCUCAGCUCUGGGCAUCUGGGGAGCCCGAGCAGCUUCGCCCAGGGAUCCGCGCGGGCGCCUGCGGUCUGGGUCCCAUCUGGACUGUGCUAUCGCACCCUUGAAGUUUUGCAGCACCAGGAAAAUAGGACAAGGAAGAAGGAGAGGGGAAGCGAAAGCAUAACCUAAAACAUUUAUUUAAAGGAGAAAAGAAGUGGGGGGGGGCAGAAAUGGCUGGGGCAAUUAUAGAAAACAUGAGCACCAAGAAGCUCUGCAUUGUUGGAGGAAUUCUGCUGGUUUUUCAAAUCGUUGCCUUUCUGGUGGGAGGCUUGAUCGCUCCAGCACCCACAACAGCAGUGCCCUACAUGUCAAUAAAAUGUGUGGAUGUCCGUAAGAACCACCAUAAGACAAGAUGGCUGGUGCCUUGGGGACCCAACAAGUGUGACAAGAUCCGAGACAUCGAGGAAGCAAUUCCAAGGGAAAUUGAAGCCAAUGACAUUGUGUUUUCUGUGCACAUUCCCCUCCCUUCUAUGGAGAUGAGCCCAUGGUUCCAGUUUAUGCUGUUUAUUCUGCAGCUAGACAUUGCUUUCAAGCUGAACAACCAAAUCAGAGAAAAUGCAGAAGUUUCCAUGGAUGUUUCCCUGGGUUACCGUGAUGAUAUGUUUUCUGAAUGGACUGAAAUGGCCCAUGAAAGAGUACCACGUAAACUCAAAUGUACUUUUACAUCCCCCAAGACUCUAGAGCAUGAAGGUCGUUAUUAUGAAUGUGAUGUCCUUCCUUUCAUGGAGAUUGGGUCAGUGGCUCAUAAGUAUUACCUUCUAAAUAUCCGGCUACCAGUGAAUGAGAAGAAGAAAAUCAAUGUUGGGAUUGGGGAGAUAAAGGAUAUUCGGUUGGUGGGAAUCCAUCAAAAUGGAGGCUUCACUAAAGUGUGGUUUGCUAUGAAGACCUUCCUCACACCCAGCAUCUUCAUCAUUAUGGUGUGGUAUUGGAGGAGGAUCACCAUGAUGUCAAGACCCCCAGUGCUCCUGGAAAAAGUCAUCUUUGCCCUUGGGAUUUCCAUGACCUUUAUCAAUAUCCCUGUGGAAUGGUUUUCCAUCGGAUUUGAUUGGACCUGGAUGCUGUUAUUUGGUGACAUCCGACAGGGCAUCUUCUAUGCAAUGCUUCUUUCCUUCUGGAUCAUCUUCUGUGGCGAGCACAUGAUGGAUCAGCAUGAGCGGAAUCACAUUGCAGGGUAUUGGAAGCAAGUUGGACCAAUUGCUGUUGGCUCUUUCUGCCUCUUCAUAUUUGACAUGUGUGAGAGAGGAGUGCAACUUACAAAUCCUUUCUACAGUAUCUGGACUACAGAUGUUGGAACAGAACUGGCUAUGGCUUUCAUCAUUGUGGCAGGGAUCUGCCUCUGCCUCUAUUUUCUGUUUCUGUGCUUCAUGGUAUUUCAGGUUUUUCGAAACAUCAGUGGGAAGCAGUCUAGUCUCCCAGCCAUGAGCAAAGUCCGGAGGCUGCAUUAUGAGGGUCUGAUUUUCAGGUUCAAGUUCCUCAUGCUUAUCACUUUGGCCUGUGCUGCCAUGACUGUUAUCUUCUUCAUCGUUAGUCAGGUGACAGAAGGCCAUUGGAAAUGGGGUGGUGUCACAGUUCAAGUGAACAGUGCUUUCUUCACUGGCAUCUAUGGAAUGUGGAACCUGUAUGUCUUUGCUUUGAUGUUCUUGUAUGCACCAUCCCAUAAGAACUAUGGGGAAGACCAGUCUAAUGGUGACCUGGGUAUCCACAGCGGGGAAGAACUGCAGCUCACCACCACAAUCACCCAUGUGGAUGGACCAACUGAGAUCUACAAGUUGACCCGUAAAGAAGCACAGGAAUAGGAUGCUACAGUACUGCACUCGGCUGAAAUUGUCUCUAUCCAGCCCCUUCCCUAAAGUGGGAAGCGUACUAUACAGAGCUUAGUGAAAAGUGACUGCCUAGUGCUUCUUAGGUAUGUUUUCUUAGACCAGUGGAUGGACAUUUGUCAGAUAACUUCCUACAGUGGCUUUUACAAGACUGCCACUAAUAUAUCGUGUAUGAUAACAAAAACUGGUAUGACACAUUUUCUGUGAUCAUUGUUAAUUAGCGGCAUAGCAACAUCUGUAGCAGGUGGGUUAGUAACCCUCACAUGGAGGGGUAUACUCCUUGGGAUGGUUUUGGCCAAUGGGGUCUAUAUUGAGUAGAUUAUGACUUUUUUCCUGUUUUAGAUUCUGGGAUAUGUUUAAACAUUGUUUGUAGUCCAACAUUUGUUUAUGUCAUAGCCUUUUCACCCUCCUCCAUGGGCACUUUCUUUUUCCUAUUUAUAUCACCAAGUAGCCAACUGAGUUAUUAUUUAAGUUGUCAGUGUAAGUCUGUCCAUUUUUUAGUGGCUUACUACAAAAUAACCAAAUUUCAUAAGAAAGUCUAUCCUGCCAGAGGUAUUUCAGCUUUGAAACCAAAUCUGUGUAUCUGAUACUAAUAUGUCUGUUAGAUGUGGAUUUUGAGAAAUAUUUGCUAAACUACCCAAGUAGGAUUUCUGCUAUUAAAUGGCCUUUGGGUCCUAAAAGCUUUUUUUUUAACUUCUUGCUUAAAAUGUGUUUUCUUUUGAUAAGAUGCUUCAAACAACCUCCAAAACUAUAAAUCCAAUCAUUUGAAUAAAAUGAAUGUAAAUAUGUUCUCCUUGCUGCCCCAACCAUGCUCAGACAUGCAGAUUUGAGUUUGCCUCGAUCAUGGAGUGGCUUGGUGCUGGCAGAAGUAGCCUGACUAUCUAUUCCUGGAGAUGAAGCAAUACCUUCUAUAGCAGGUAUAAGCCUUUCUAAGCCAGCAAGGAAUAUGUGAGGUAUCAGAUGCUUUAGACCCUCAUGCAUACAGAUUUCAUUUCCACACCCGCCAAUAACCUGUGAGAUUUUUGUUUGUUUAUGUUUUUUAAUGCUAAAGAAGCUAUAUGGCAUAGGAGAUAGAACACUGGAUCUUGAAUUUAGAAGGUAGUUUCCUAUCAAAGGUCUGUUAUGCACUAGUCGGGUGACCUUGUUCAAGCUGUCUGACAUGGCUAUUUUCUCACCUAGAAACUUGAAUUCAUAAAAUAUCACUGUGUGCAGAGUCACAGUGAAAAAUAAUUAGUGUACAUGGGAAUGCUUCAUCAGUUAUACAUUCACAUAAAUAGAUUCCCUUUGCAGUCUAAUAACAAUUUUAUGAGAGUGUCAUUUUGAGAUACUGCUGACUGAAAUUAAGUUUGUGGUAUAUUCUUAAAUUCACCUACCUGGAAAAUCCCACCCUGUCUUUUUCCUAACUUUGACAAUGAUAAACAGUGACAGAGAAAACACUUAGAUCCUGACUGUUGUUUUUAAUGCCCUUUGCUAACCUGGUAAAUAUUGAAUAGGUAUGUAAUUUGUUGUACCCAACAUUUACUUACUGAUCCUACACCCAAGUAUAAAGAAUCAAGUGUAUGUUUCUAUCAGGGAAGAUAAACUUCAAGCACUAUAGUGAUCUCUUGAAGAUGGAGUGAAGUGUCUCUAUUCUUUGGGAUGGGAUAAGAGCACUAAAGAAGUAUUACUUUCUCCAGGGCCAAAGGAUAGAGGGUAAAAUAUUAGAAAAGCCGUAGAAGUAAUAUAAUAUUGAGAAGGUUUGGGUAAGGUUGGGUGUCUAGCCUAGAUGGUGUGUAGAAAGGCACAAGAUGAGCCUUGUGCCCUUUGAGCCAGAAUACAUAUGAUUUUCAAUGUCAUAGUAAGAAUUAUCAGACUGCCGAAAGUUUUAGACAGAAAUAAUGUGGUUAGAAUCACCUCUGAAACAAGGGAAGGCUUGAUGGACCCAGCAAUGAGAUCACAGGCCAGAGCCAGGAAGCAGCAGAGGAUGUGGUGAAGGGAGGAUUAUUUUGGAGAUAAAACAGAGCAGACAUGGUUUGAGUGUUCUGAAUGCAAGCUUCAUAAAGAAGUAUUGAACAGAGUCAAAUUUCAGGCCUUUGCUAAACAGGGGACUAGUAGGUCCUCUGUCACAAGUAGAGAUUCCUGGAUGAGAUGUCAGUGUGUCCAUAAAUAGUAGAAUUCAAGUUUACCGCAAAUAGGACAUUCCUAGAAUAAUUAAUGGGUCUCUGGAAAAGUUGCAUUACCCAAAAAAAAAUGGGCUUGGGGAGAGCUCUAAUGGAGCUCAGCUUUUGGAACUCAUGUUUUCCCCUAGAGUAGUUUCAUUUACAAGCCCUGAACCUUAGUCUCUCUCAUUAAAACCAUAGACAGUAUGUCUUAGUGCCAUUCAAAUUAUAUAGGGAGUCAGGUCAAACAGCUUGACAUUAUGAUAGGUUAAAAGUGGAGAAGUUGGGCAGAGAAGCAGAGCAGAGUUAAUUGAUGGACAUGCUGAGCAGCGAGGAGGAAGAUGGUUGCUCUGAUUGGAGCCAGAAGGAAGGCACUAAUUUUGAAAUCUGAGACCAGCCAUUAAGGAAAGACAUUUAUAAGAUGAAACAAAACCCAAAAAAUGUCAGUGACUAGGAUCUAGAAACGAGUUGUGAAUUUAGCUCUGAAGGACUGAAAAGAUACUUUCAGUGCGUAUGGUCGAGAAAUACCAGGUGGACAGUGAAGGAGAAAAUUGAAAUCAAAAGGAGAAAGUUUGUAGUCCUGGGAGGGCCACCAAGAAAGCUGCAGUUCUAAGGGUGCAGAUGAAGCCUAGCCAGCUCCAGUCAGUAGACAGUAUCCUGGAAACUCCUCAAAAAGUGAAAAAAGACUGUUAGAGACAAUCAGAUCAGGAAAAAAAAAUAGUCGUGUGUACCAGUUUAUAUACACAUCACUAUAAAAAUAAUUUUUAUGUGACCUUAAGGAUAUUUCACAAAAGUAUAAAAGAUUACCAUUAUCUAUAAAAUAAGAUUCACCAAUGUGUUCAACAAAUAAGUAGAAAAUAAAAUCACUUCCAUUUGG